AUGGGUACCAGCGACGAGGAGGAGCUGACGGGCUACGGCUACUCCCAGGAGGCCGCCGGCCAGGGCCACUUCGAGCUCGAGCGGUCGUGGAAGCUGACCCGGCUGCGCUGCAUGGUCUACGCCCGGCUCGGCGACAUGGAAGAAGAUGAUGAGGAAGAGUACCUGCACCGUGAAGGGCUGAGCGAGACCAACGGCAGGCCGUACUUUAUGAACCACGGCGGCAUGCUCACGCCCGCGGCCGCCAUCUUCCUGACCUCCAUCCUCGAGUACAUCGCAGAGAACAUCCUCAUCAUCGCCGGCGAGAACUCCAGCGCCCGCCUGGGCUUCUCCGACGAGAACGACGAGCGCAAGUACCAGGGCGGCACGCUGGUCGUGGACGACGUCGACGUCGAGAAGGUCGCCCUCAACCCGACCCUGGGCCGCCUCUGGCGCACCUGGCGCAAGAACCUGCGGGCUCCGGCCCUGUCGCGGACGCUGUCGAGGGAGUCGCUGGUGCGCCGGGGAUGCUCAUCGCGGACGAGCACGCACAGCAGCGUCGGCACCUUCGAGACCUUUGAUACCUUCAACGGCUUCUCCUUUGGCCGCAAGAUCUCGAGCGCCGAUCAGCAUGUUUCAGACACUGCGAGCGUCAACACCUGCGUGAACAUCAACCCGGCUGACAUCCCCCUGCCGAUUAGCGAGUAUGACAUUGACGAGAUUGAGAUCCCUGGUUUCAGCGCCCAGCUCGCUGUCGCCCUGCCCGCGCGCUCCAUGCGGCCCCGGAGCCUGUUCAUCUCGAGCCCGGACGUCGCAGGCAGGCCGGUCCUGGCCAGGAGCAUCAGCGCCAUCUCGCCCCGGGUCAUUAUGGCAUCAUCAUCAUCGGCAUCGGCAUCGUCAUCGCUGCUGCCGGGUCGUUCCAGCACCAAGCGGGCGCAUAUUCGCUCCAAGUCGCUGCCCCAGUCGAUGUAUAUAACGUCGCCCCUGGCCCCUUCGCCGACCCGUGUCAAACGGUCAGCUUCGUCCGCAGCAGAGACUCGCAAGGAAGACGAAUCACACCUUGAGAGCAUGCCAGAGGCUGAAGAGCCAGAGACUGAUACCAAGGCCGGAGAAUCUGCAUCUGCAUCGGCGACAGCCGCAGCAGCAACAGAACUGGAGCAGGCUGGUCCUGACUCGGCGUCCAUCUACAGCCCCUAUCACCCGGCUUCUAUAUCCUCUCCUCGCUGUCAGAACUCAUCAAUGGAGCAAGAGGCCGUCUCUCCGCCCAGCAGCGAGACGGGCGAUAACAACAGCGUUGUCUCGUCUAUCUAUACCAUUCCCCAAGCCUCCCGGGUGUCUUCCAAGGAGUCCGCUGAAUCUACAACUUCGCAGACUGCAGACAGCAGCUCUGCACGCAUUACCACCUGCGAGGACAUUGCAGACGGUAACCCUGCAUACUACUCCUCUUCAUCCCUCACGGACGACGACCAGGCCACCCGCAAGGCUGCUCGCCGUAAAGCAACCGCCGCCCCCUUAUCCCCUACCAGCAACCCGUUCGGAGACAACAUCGUGGAAACCUCCUUCGUCUCCCGCUCUCCUCGUUCCCCCCGCUCUCCCAGCUGCGGAGCUCGCCUCACCCCCCUGACCGAGGUGGCAGACAACACCCCCGUGCAGAACGAGCGUUCGUCGCCAGACCAGGCCUCUAUCAACUCCGGGGACAGUGAACCCUCCGUCACCCCACGGAGCAGAGCAUGGCUCACAAAAAUCAACACCAACUGUUCCACAAGACAGGCCUUGCCUGUGUCUCCGGGGUCAGAACGCGCUGCCGUUCAACGAGUCACACCUCCGCCGUCCAGCAUCUCUCGAGACUCCAGCAAACUACGCAGGUCAGAGAGUGCAGGCAGCAGGCGUGACGGUCGACCCAUCACCUCUGGCUCCGGCGUCUCCCAGGGCUCCAACAGAAUCAGGGGCUUGAUCAGUAGACAGCCGUCAGACCUGUCCGUCUCCGUCAUCUGCUCGUCAGACGGCAGCGGAUCUGGAUCUACAGCCCUGGAGGAGCUUCUCAUGAGCGACGAAACAAUCCACUAUACCCUGACUCCACGAAACAUGCGUGAGAUGGAAGAGGUCGGCUCGCCUCGGUGGGCUGCUACACGCCCAGCAGACCUAGCUGCAGACCCUGCCGAUACGAGCUCCGUUAAGAGCGGAAAGCAGAGCCGCAGGAUCCUGUCGCCGACCUUCCGCUCCCCUUCGAUCUCAUCCCCUGUGCCUCAGUCUCCGCUUGCUCGAAACCCCCCUAGCCCGCCGCCGCCAAAGCCUAAGAUGGCCGCUCCACAAGCUCGCGAUGCCAGAGUCGAAAACGCAUCUGUCAGAGACUUCGCCAACUUCAUUCGUUCCACAGGACCUGAUAAGGGGUUACACCCACCCGCCGCCCAAUUUAAUAGCAUUGCUCGCGCUGGCAACAAUUCCGUCCCCAACUCUCCUGCAACAACAGGAACCUACUCAAUCAGCCCCCUCGCCACGCCAAAGGCCUCGACGAAAGAUAAUAAUAAUAAUACCUCCAACAUCACCUCCACCCCACGAGCAACCAACCCAAACCGGCCUCGUCUCGAAGCUCGUCCGGCAGUUUUUGUCAGAGAUAACAAGACCUCCGAACUGAUCGACUUCAUCCGUCAGGGGCCUCCUGAUCCUCAAGCUCGUCGUCUGCAGCAGAAAACCGUCGCUCCAUUCAGGAAUACCAUGAACUCAGACGAUUUCAGCUCCUUCAGCCACAUAAUCCGCAGCGAGCGUGACUUCACCAUCGGCGAUAGCUCAAUGCCCGGCACUCAGGACGGCUCCAUGGUCGCUGCAUCAGUCGCCUCCGUCAACUCUCACACCGCGCUAAUCGACUCCAGCACCCGGCCCAACAGCCGAACGCUCCAGUACCGGCUCUCUCCAACGCCGAACAUUCGAGGCGAUGGUUCGGCAACGCCCGCCAAAACACGCCGCCGAGUCAGAGACCCGUACGCCAUUGAUUGGGAUAGCGAAGACGAAUACGACGACGUUCGCGAUGUGGCUAAGCCCAAGGAAGAGAGUCUGGCCGAGUUCCUGAAAAACGGGCCCCCUCCGCCUCCCCCUGCAAAGCCACAGCCGCGAACGAGCUGCAUCGCCAAAAGGCCAUGA